GUCGAGUGGAGUGAAUCGCACCGUGCGGACCGACGUCGUCGUUCGCGUGCCACGUACACACACAUACAUACAUACACGCGUGCGCGCGCACCACACACUGUCAUCCGCGAAAAUCCAACGCCCGCCGCCGCCGCGAUAGUGAAUCAGUGAAACAUCGGUGAUCAGUCGCCGCACGGGUCAGUGUUUUAGGUUUUUAUCGUCGAAUUUCUUUCGUUAAAGAUUUUUACGCACGCGAUCGUGUCGUGGACCGUCGUCCCACUCGGUGUCGAUCGUUUUACCGUCGAAAAAAUUUUAAUUUUAAAAAAUAAUUGCGCGCGCUCGAAUUCGCCCGUCUCCGUUUUCUUGUCCGCGCUCGUCCCCGUGUGUUCGUGUGCGAAAUAAUUUCGGUCGCGUCGCGCUCGUGGUUUUUCCUUUCGACCGCCACCAAGGUAUAAUAUUAAUCGCUUUACUUACCUGCCUACCGUCCGUUUCGAAAGUGUCGGUAACGGCGAUAUCCUGUCGGGAACUCGAUCGUCAGCAUUUUCGAAUUAAAUUCAUAUUCGUCCAGCUGAUGUCUGCCGACUCGACUUCACUCCUGCCGGAUUGACCUUCGUGAAUUGACAAGUAAAUUUUUGAGAAGUUCUUCUUCACCAAUAACGUGGUUAUGUGAAGUUGUUUCAUAGAACAUAGAACAGUUUCCUCUGCACGGAUACUCCAUUACCAUACAUCAAAGUUGAUCCCAGAACAUAUAAAUAAUACAAGUGGAUCAUCGAAAAUGACCACGAACAUGGACGAACAUUUCAGAGUGCAUUUUACAAUAGCCACGCGGUCCAUUUCUAUUGCGUCCAGCUGAAGUAGUCAUAUUAUGGACUCGGGAUUUAGCAACAUGUUGGAAAACACUAGGAAAUACUUCCAAGGGAUCCCUACGGACGCAGCCUCCACCGCAGCAGCAGCUGCUGCAGCAGCGGCCGCCCAACUGCACUUCCCGCCACCGUUACCCCCGUCGCAUCAUCUGCACCACAACGGCGGUGGCCGGUCGUCGAUGAACUCGUCGUCAUCGUCGUCGUCAUCAUCGUCGGAACCGUCAUCGGCAGCGGCCACCGACCGGUUCGCGGGCUACCACCACCCACACUUACGGUACAACUUUCAGCCGUACUCGUCACCGGGCCACUACCCGCGCACCGCUGUUGACCCUAAGCCCGCGGCCUUCCAGCACCACCACUUUCAGCCGCCGUCGCAACUACAAUACCACCACCAACAACAACAGCCGCAGCAGCAGCAGCAGAACCACCAUCAGCUGCCGCCCUCCGCAUCAUCGUCGUCGUCACCGCCGUCGCCGUACAAGUCGCCGUACACGAUGCAACCUCUGCAGCCACCACCGCCGCUGACUGUUAAACAACAACAACAGCAACCAUCUCCGUCUCAAUUCAAGCCGAUGUCGGCUGCUCGAUCAUCGCCGCCUACCUCCGCAUCGGGCAAACAGUAUUCGCCGCCGAAACCACCGCAGUCGCCAUACGCGGUGGUGCCCAAGCCAACAUCCGGCGCGCCGCAGCCCCAGUCACCGUUCACCGCGCCCAAAGAACAGCAGCCAUCGGUGCCCGAGACGCCGCCCCCCUCGCCGCACUCUUCGCACUAUUACAAUAGGACGACGCACAGCGGUCUGCAACAGCAGGCCAUCGACAGAGAUUACUUGCGGUUCAAGCCCAUACAGACUCCACCGCCACCACCCAACAGGUUUCAACCGUUGGAGAGGCCAAAGUCUGAAGUCCCCGUGACUAGCGGGACGGGCCCACAGUCCUCGCAUUUGGCCAUCAGGUAUGACCCGAAACUCGAGCAGCCCCGCAGCGGUGUUAGAGCUGUGCCCAUAGCUCAGGCCAAGCAACCUUCAUCGUCGUCGACCACGGCGGCGGCCCAGCACGACGUUAACCGAGUGAUUGUGCAAAAACCCGAACCUUUACGGUAUCAUCAUCAGCAGCAGCAACAGCAACAGCAACCGCAGCACCAGCUUAAUAACAACCAUCCCCAUAGAUCGUCAGCGUCGUCGGAUGACCAUCAUCAGCACCAUCAUAAACGACCGGCCUCGGUGCAGCCGUCGUACUUGGAGUCCAGGCCGUUCCAGAUAAAACCAUAUGAUGGUGGCGGCAACAACAACAGCAACGGCAGCAGUAGCAAUGGAAGCAGCGGCAGUGGUCAGUCGUCGUCCGCCUCGUCGUAUCACAGGCCGUUCACCGUGGCGCCGCAACCACUGCCGCCGUCUUCGCAGGCCUCUGCCGCUAUUAUCGUGUCGGGCAUGGACCACCGUUGGGCCGCGUUCGACGGCCGGGCGCCACCCGCGUUCCUGCAACAAUCGUCGUCGUCGUCCUCCGCAGCCGCAGUUAUCAACGGUUACCACCAUCACCACCGGCAGCCGCCACAACCACCAUCAUCGUCAGCAACCGUUGUGACUCAGCACCAUCAACACCAUUCGUUGUCCAGGCAACAGCAACAGUCGCAACUUUAUCCGCUCAACUUGCACAAGCUCACUCAGCCCGCUCGACCGGCCACUGCCGCCGGCCAAUUGCAACAGCCGGUGAAAUUGGGCCAAGAAAACAAAACGGCCAAGUUGCGGUUCGAGCCUACGAAGCGCGAGUCUCCGUUGGACCUGUCUGUGAAAACAGUGUGUCGGUCGGCCGACUCAACCGACGACCGAUUGAAUCCAUUCGGGCACGAUAUACCCAAAGUGAACUUCAAACCGGACUUCAACAGGUCUCUACCGGUGUCGGCCACGGCGGCGCCUCCGCAGACCGCAGUUGUAGUCGUCGGUGGCCAGCAGCACCAACAGCACAACAACGCUGCCACCGCCGCCUACAACCAUCAUCAGUUCGCUGCUCAGAUUUCGCUUUCCCUUCCGCCGCCGACGCCGCUACCGCCGCCGCCGUCCGUGGUCGUAGUGCAGUCUGCGCCGCAGCAACCGUUACCAUCAGUGGCAGCCGCCCCGACGACUCCACUGCCGCCGGUAGUGCGCACACACCACCACCCACACAACAGCAACCAUCAAGUGCCACCGCUGUCGUCAGCCGACGAAGCUUGGCGGGCGGCCAUAGACAGGCAGAUCGAACAGAAGUUUAACUCGUACACUUCGGCCAAGAACCAUCAUCCUCAUCCGCUGCACCAGUAUCACCACCAGCGUUUGCAGCAUCCAAUUCCGCCAACCGCAAUGCAGCACCAGCAGCAGCAGCCUCCGCCGCCACUGCCGCCGCCGCCUCCGCAACAAGUUCCCGCGCAGGCCGACAAGCGCGUGUUGGAGAUACUCAAACAGAACAUCGAGGCGCGCGACCAGAGCAGCCGGCCGCACAUCGCCGAGGCGCCGUCCACGCCGGCCAUGGUGUUUUCGACGCCCAUCCGGAAGGAACCUUCGACCACACCUCUCAAGAAAACUGACUAUUACAUGGCUGAGCGCACGGCCGUAACGCCGUUCCCCAAGAAGAUCGACUACUACAUGGACAGGGCGUACUGCAAUGCUCCGAGGAUCCGGACCAAAGCCGAGAGGAAACAGAUAUCUGCAGAAGGGUCAUCUAGUGCAACGAGGAUGAGCAGCCCGAUGGCAGCUGCCACGGCCAUAUCACCUCACCCAUUUUUGCCAUCAAAUAACGGCGCACCUCAAGCAAAACAAGAACCGACUCCGCUCACACAAACUGAAGCGGUUGUAGAUCUCAAGCUCGAUAUCAAACGAGAACCAUCGCCCAUCAAAGAACCAGAUCUGAGUUUAUUAAAUAAGGAAGAAACCGAAAAAGAUGAAGACGACGAGGACUUUUGGACGAACACGUGCAAUUCAUUUGUGGUACAAUUAGCCGAAACCCAAGAAAAGAAAAAAGUCAAAACGCCAGUCAAAAGGAAAUCGGUGAAAGAAUUGCAACCACUGCCCCCCAAGAGAAAGUACACAAAACGAAUAAAAGUUGAACCUAUUACCGAAACCGACAAAGACAAUAAACCAUCAGAUGUUCGAAAUACAUCAAAAUUAGCCGAUGAAGUGAAAUCGGAAAAGUCUCUUUCAGAAAAAGUUAUUUGUGAAGAAAUUUUGCAGAAAGACGCAGAACCUUUGGAUAUGGACAAAGAAAAUAAAACAAAGAUUGAGGAUCCAGAAAAGACAGUGGACGACACUAAAGACAAAGAAGAUCACGAGGAAAAAUCAGUUAAAAUUAAACCAAAGAAAAAGCGACUCUUAAAGCCAUUGAUUGCCAAAGUCAAGAAAAUAAAGAAAGAACAUAAAAAGGAGCUAAAAAUGAAAGAGCUGAAAAAAGAAUCGAAGAAGGAGGAAAAGAAAGAACUUAAAAAGGCAGAAAAGAAAGAUAAGGACACAGUUAAGAAAGAACAACUUCAAAAAUUAGAAAAGAAAGAGCUGGCAGCGGUAGCAAAAGAAGAGAAGAAAGGACUGAAGAAAGAAGAAAAACUUGAUCUCAAGAAAGAUCAACAACAACCAGACCAUGGCAACAAAAAAGAUUUCAACAAGAAGGAGAGUAAAAAAACUGAAGCCACCCCCCGGAAAAAAGUAGUGGUGGAAAAAGAAAAUCUGACAAAAAAUACAGAAAACACGUCUAGGAGAUCUGCUGCCGCCGCCGCGGCAGCUAUCGAAGUAGCCGGAAAGUUUAAUCCUAGGCAGUCGCUAAGACGAAAGAAUUCACUGAAAGACUAUUCGUUCGCUUUUGACGAGUUAUUAGACGACGCGUUUGCACAUUUCGAGACCGUCAAGAUACCAGUAAAAAGAAGACGGAAGUGUGCAUCACCAUCGCCGAGCCCUGCUCCAACAGUGGUUGCUGCCGCGGUCGGUGCCACACAGGUGAUUACUGUUGUCAAAAAAGCCAAAGAGAAAGACAACGAAACGAUCAGGAUGCGGUUGAGGUCUCGGAACAGACCACUGCAGGCUAAGCAGGAACCGCAACAGGCUUCCUCCAAGAAGAAGGCCAACGCCAAAAUCAAAAUCAUUCCUAAGAGGCGGCGAAAAAAGUCGCUCGGUGAGAAGUCUGCACAUGCCCCCACCAUCGUUUCGACCACGGAGGACUGGAAAGACGAGCUUUACAAGUUCAAGCGGUCGUUGCGCCUUCCGUCCAAACUCAUAUCAGUAGUGUCACCGCCGACCGCCGGAGCUGUGGCUGCCGACCAGGUGUCGUUGACCUCCAUCAUGAACAUUCCACCGCCUUCAAAGCCGAUCAAGGAGUCCAAAGCUGCCAAGUUAGCAGCUUGCCAGUCAUCACAAGUGGGUGGUGGACUUGGCGUAUUAGCCGGCAAGAACAAGCCUAAACGGUUGGGGGGCCAUAUGUUCGGGCGCCGGGACGUUAUGUUCAAGGGACGGCGUUUGAUGAAGCGGGAGAAGAUCGUGUCAGCUGAAAAGUUGAUGCAACGAAAUUUGCGGAAAAGACGUCAGCGUGAGGAUGAGGUGAUGAAAAAGGGGUGUGCCGCCGAAGAGGUCACCGCCUCUCACCUUGACGAAGAAGAUGAUGACGAGGAAGAGGAAGAGGUGCACGCAGGUGAAGAAGACAUUAAGGGUGUAAAACCACCGGCUCGCGUGCUCUUCAAACGGAAAAUGAUGCGCAAAAAGUUUCGGUCGGGGUUUGACUACAUAAAGAAAAAGAAGAAGAAGGAACCAGUGUCUGACAAGAAACCUGCUACCGUGGUAACCACCGCUCCUGCCACCACCACACCCGUUCCACCAAGCGCUCCGCGUUACGUGUCUGAGAUCCACGCUGAAAUCAAAGGGUGGAUAGUGAACAAAGGACACGGCGAGACAGUACUCCACCGAGCUGCCCGACUAGGUGUCAAUGACGUUGUGGGUUAUUGCAUGGAAAAACUAGAGUACGCUCCAUCGGUGGCUGACAACGCAGGCUACACGCCGUUGCACGAAGCGUGUUCGCAAGGCCAUUACCACAUAGCCAAGUUGUUGCUUCUGUUCGGGGCAGAUGUCAGUGCCAGCGCUCAAGGAGGCAUACGGCCCCUACACGAAGCUGUAGAAAAUGGCGACGUGCACCUGGUGCGUCUGUUACUCAGUUAUGGUGCCGACCCGCAUUUGGCCACGUACUCGGGACAGUCACCACUGUCUUUGGCCACUGACAAGCAGACCAGAAUGCUACUGGAACAUCAUGUCAACGACGUUCAAGGCUACGGCAGCGCGUCCAUGUGGAAUUUCGACGACUCCACUCUGACCCAUGAACCAGAGGACGUAGACCAGCUGCUGUGGAGUCUGCCGCCCGUCCCAUCACCGACACCGGUCGACGAUGGCCCGUCGUUCGAGUUCGAGUUCGCCGAUCACGCGCUACCGGAAGUUUACAAGCUGCCCCCCGACGGAAGUGCUGACGACCGCAAGGCCGGCGUCGACGACGACGAUUGGGUGCUGUUCUCGGACGUUUCGACGGCACUGUCCGUGAAGACUGUCGAAGCGCUCGCCAAACUGUUGGACGACGAGAACGCCGUGACGGCCGUGCCGGCGGACCGAUUUAGCGAGCGCGCGGUGCUGCGGAAAUCGCUGGGCCGACAACCAGUCGUGGUGCCAGUCUCCGCCGUAGUCGACAAGUCCAGUGCCGCCGAACGUCCGUCCACAGACGACAGCGACUCUGCAGCCACGAAGGAAGGCUCUCCCUCCAUGUCGUCCACAUCUGCCUCCACCUCCAUAUCCACUUCCUCAACGACCACAAUCUCCACUGCCUCCGCUACUUCUACCACUACCGCAAUUACUACCUCCGCCGACUCCUCCUUAUCGUCAUCGGCAUCCGGCGGCGAACAAAUACUCUUAGUCCGUUACGACCGCAAACUCAAACAGCUGUUGGGCGUCAACGUGUACACAGUGAGUUGACGUCGUCGUCUUUGUCGUCGUCAUCAUCAUCAUCAUCAUCAGUAGGCGGCCGUGCACACACAGGACGAGUUACCGUGUUAUGUUGUUGUUUUUAUUAUUAUUAUUAUUUUUUUUUUUUUUACUACUAAAUUUAGGAAUUGCCAUUUGACAUAUUUUUCAACUCUAUGUUUAAGCAACAUUUCUUUUUGUACUUAAAUAAGUUACCCAA